UUCCCUCGCGUUCGCCUCGCCCGGGGGAGCAGGUCGCGGUGGUCCGUCCAACCCUCCCCCGCUCGCGCCGCAAUAUUAUCUGGAUCGGCGACGCCAGCUGCCGUCCGCUCGCUCUCCCCGCGCCGACGGCCGAGAUGGCGGCAGUGGCGCCGGAGUGGUCCACCAGGGAGCCCUGUCUCAUGGGGAUCGACGAGGCUGGGCGCGGCCCCGUUCUCGGCCCAAUGGUGUAUGGCUGCAUGUACUGCGCUCGUUCCUACCAGGACACGCUUGCAACUCUUAAAUUCGCAGAUUCAAAAACCUUGAAGGAAGAACAAAGGGAGGAGCUAUUUGAAAGUCUAAAGGACAAUAGUUCAGUUGGGUGGGAAGUGGAUAUCAUAAGCCCAAAGGAUCUAUCUGCUAAAAUGUUAAAAAGAUCAAAAGUUAACCUGAAUGAAAUAUCUCAUAACUCUGCAAUGGGUCUAGUCAAAAGAGCUCUUGACAUGGGAGUUCUACUGGCAGAGGUCUACAUUGAUACUGUUGGAGAUGCGGAGAAGUAUAGGAUCAAACUGACUGAAAAGUUCCCAGGCAUCAAAUUUGUGGUCGCGAAGAAAGCUGAUAGCCUUUUCCCUAUUGUUAGUGGAGCAAGUAUAGUUGCAAAGGUUACCAGAGAUAGAGCCUUGCGAAACUGGGUAUUUGAUGAAACGGCUCAGAAUAUGCACAUGAACACUGGAUCAGGUUAUCCAGGAGAUCCUGCCACUAAACAAUGGUUAGAGGAUCACAAGCAUCCAGUAUUUGGUUUCCCAACUUUGGUUCGUUUUAGCUGGGGAACUUGCACGCCCUUCUUCAAUGACGCGGUUGAAGUUACUUGGGAGUCAGAUGAACUUGAAGAAGAUGCAGGUAGCAACGGUAGUGUUAAGAGGCAGGUCAAGCUGUCAAGUUUAGGCUUUACUGGAUUUAAAAGGAAGUCCGAGGAGAUCGAAUCGAGUGGUAAAGGCCGCUGCAAGUUCUUCCAGGCUCGCAAACUUGAGCUGGUAAGGAAAUUUCAGUGAUGUUGCGCAUCUGCAUUGUAGUUCUACUUCUAAUCAGAGCACAAUUGUAUUGGGGAUAUGGUUCGUAUUUCUGCUGUAACACCUGUGCGUUCAGUAAAAUUAACCCCCCCCCCCUUAUCUUUUUCGCCUUUGCUUAGCUUUAUAAGCUAAAAUUUAAAUUUUUAACCUUAAAUUUGGGGUUGAUU